CUUCCGGGUUGACCGAUAUGACGGCAUAUCGCUGUUUCAUCAUAACCAUGCAACGUGUAUAAGAGUGAUAUUUGUAGCCUUCAAUUGGCUGAAUAGUUAGUUGCUAGUCUCUGCAAGACUGAUGUCAACAACGCUGAAUAUAGGGAGAAUAUUUGCCAGGUUCAACUUAGACCCCCCCUUGAGACACCAUGACGAUCCCGACCCCCCAGAGCUCCCCCCAGCCCCCGGACGGUGGCUGGGGUUGGAUGGUGGUGUUUGGCGGGUUCGUCGUCAGUGGCUGUACGGCGGGAAUCUUCCGCUCCCUCGGAGUUUUCUUCCUGACGUUCAGCCGACAGUUCCAGGCCAGCUCGGCGGAGACGGCGUGGAUAACCUCUAUUCUGAUGGGCGUCACGCUUUUCCUAUCUCCGGUUGGUACAGCCCUGGCGAGCACCAUAGGUUUCCGCCCCACCGUCAUGCUGGGAGGGGUGCUGUCGGCAGCAGGCUACAUCAUCAGCGGAUUCGCAACCCGCAUGUUUCACCUGUACUUAGGAAUAGGAUGUCUGACAGGUCUUGGAUAUGCCCUCACCCUUAGUCCCACCCUAGCGAUUGUCGGGCAGUAUUUCACCAAAAGACGCGCGCUUGCUAACAGCUUGACCAUGCUGGGAUCCAGUGUCACUUCUAUGUCGUUCCCACCGCUCUUCCAGUAUCUGAUGGACGAGUACGGUCUGAAGGGGGCUCUACUCAUCAUAGGCGGCGUCAUGCUAAAUAUGGUGGUAGCGGGAGCUUUGAUCAGGCCUCUGGAGGCUUACAGAGACAGGAAAGUCGAAAAUGAACCUACGAAGGCCCCGAGCGACAGAGACAGGAAAGUCGAAAAUGGACCUACGAAGACCCCGAGCGACAGAGACAUGAACGUCGAAAAUGGACUUACGAAGGACCCGAGCGACAGAGACAGGUUAGUCGAAAAUGAACCUACGAAGGCCCCGAGCGACAGAGACAUGAAAGUCCAAAAUGAACCUACGAAAGCCCCUAGCAACAGAGACAGGGAAGUCGAAAAUGGACCUACGAAGGCUUCGAACAACAAAAUGAAAGACAAGGAAACCGUCCUGGAAACUGACACGAAAAUGAAAUGGUCAUCAGUCACAAUAAGGUUUCUCAGAACAUUCUGGGCGCAGAUGGACUUUAAAGUGAUGAAGAUACCUGCUGUGGCCGUGUUCAUGACGACGUUGUUUCUAGUGUCGUUCGGUGUCAUAGUGCCGCCGAUGUACAUCGUUCCUCGGGCCAAGCAGCUUCAGAUCGAGGACUACACCGCAGCCUCCCUCCUGUCUGUCAUCUCCAUCGCAGACAUGAUUAGCAGGUUAGCAGUCGGUGCCAUCCCGGACAACUCCAGGUUCGGCCGCUUGGAUCAGUACGGACUCAGCCUGUGUCUGCUGGGCAUCUCCAACCUCCUGUCUCCGCUAGCCAAGACGUACCCGGCGCUCGUGGCGUACGCGAUAGCGCACGGGGUGUGCUUUGGUGUAUUUGUCCCGACCUCACUGACGGCAAUGGCCGAACUCGUCGGUCCCAGACGUCUCCCCAGUGCAAUUGGAAUUCUGAUGGCAGUACAGGGGUUGGCGUCGCUGUCUGGACCGCCAUUUGCAGGCUGGCUGUUCGACGUGACCAAAAGUUACGACGCCACUUUCCUGCAGGCAGGCGCUGGGUUCCUGCUGGCCGGACUCUUGCCGUUCCUUCUGCGGCUCAGAAAGAAACGCCCGGCGGACACUUCAUGUACACUGACGAACACAGCGCAUAACGUGAACGGUGAAACUGACAUUCUACUGGUAUAUGAAACGUCUGUGUGAACAUUUCUGGAAAUUGUAUAUUAUUUUGCAAUGAAAAACACCUUUUUUUGUAACCGGGGCAGUGGCCGAGUGAGUAGAGUGUUCUCCUUGCAUUCGGUAGGUCGUGAGUUCGAUCUCCGGCCGUGUCAUACCAAAGACUUUAAAAAUGGUACAUGCUGCUUUCUCUGCUUAGCACUCAGCAUUCGGGAAAGAGUAUGGAAGUUGAACACACACCACUACCAGUGGACUAGCCCCCUGCUUUAGUGAUUGCACAAAGUUGUGUAGCCCAGGGCUACUGAAACGGAGAUGGGCGCCGCCAUCAGGGAAGGAACUUUGACUUGAAAGACAUCUUUGAAGAUGGUGAAAGUUUUUCAUCAAUCUACCCUCCUAUGUAAAACAAAGAUCUUCAUUCAGAACCACAUACAACCUUGUAGUUUAGGUACAGUAGAAGAUAAAGUGCAUUUUACUGUAGAUUGUCCUUUGUAUAAUAGCGAUAGAGGUAUUCUAUUUGACUAUGUACUUAAAAGUAGAUUUCCCCACUUCAGAUACUUGAAUACAAAGAUGCAGUAAAGAGAAAUUUAUAUUCCUUACAGCUUUUGAUAAACCAACUCUGACCAACCAGACAGCUAGCUAUAUUUAUGCAAUCACGCGAAAGGAAGUUGAAUGUACUAGAGUAGAUUCGACGUAUAUAUGCACAUACAGAAUGUAUAUGAUUGUUUCCAUUGUUACAUGUAUAUGAUUGUUACCAUGUGACCUGUACUUAGUCCAGUGGGGCAAAAUGUGCAAUAAAGGAGAUAUUUUUUUGGUUCAAUUUAUCGAUACACCUGUGCUUAUAGAUA